CCUUUCAUUUCCGCGUUACAAAAUGGGCGCCGUAAAAAAAUACUUCGCGCGAGAGUUUCGCAAGGACAUGCUUCAACUGGAGCACGAGGCGGUGUCGGACUUCUAUUUGUGUAGCUUUAUGAGGAACCGCUCGUCGAUUCCGCUCCUGCUUGUUCGAGGGCUGCUGCUGCUGGGUUGCAUCGGUAUCGUGGUGUCGUCGUUCAUCCUGACGGUCGCGGAAGCCCCUGCGGGCAAGUGGUUCAUCUACCUGACCCACUGGGGGCUCCUCCUCAUCACGGCGACCAGCGCGCUCGCAUUCGCGGUAUCUUGCCGAGCGUACUUCAAAGGCCCCAUCGAUGGGACGUUCGGGCUGCCGUGGUACGUGAAGGUGUACUGGGUGCUGUACGAGAUCACCAUCACCAUCGCCUUCUUCAUCACCGUCUUCUACUGGACACUUCUCUCUGGUGGUGACGCGGAAGGCGAGUAUGCUGUGGAUCCAGUGCUGGAUCUAUUCAUCCACGGCGUGAACAGCAUGGUAAUGUUCUGUCUGCUGGUGACGUCACGGCAGCCGGUCAACAUACUCCACUUCUACAUGCCCAUCGUGCUGGGGCUCAUCUACACGCUGUUCACUGUCAUAUACCACUUCGCUGGCGGCACUGACUUACUCGGAAACCCCUGGAUCUACCCGAUGAUGGACUGGGCGAAUCCCGGUUCCACGGUCAUCAUGGUAGUGGUCACGGCCAUCGGCAUCGUGGUCGUCCAUUUGGUUGUGGUCGGCAUCGCCGCAGCCCGAAACGCCCUCUCCAGAUGCUCCGAACAAUGAUGUAUGCAGAUACAAGCUGCUAUACUUUUCAGACCCUG